CCAGGCCAGGCUCCCCAGGCUCCCUCUACCCCCACCGUCAGGCCAGCUGCCAGCCUCCAGUGCCCCACCAGCCCCAGCCAUGAGCUCUUCCAGGAGGGGCCACUUCAGCGCCAGCAGCUCCGAGCCGCUCCCGGUCAUCAUCAUCGGCAAUGGCCCCUCAGGCAUCUGCUUGUCCUAUCUGCUCUCGGGCCACACCCCCUACGUGAGACCAGAUGCAGUUCACCCGCACCCCCUGCUGCAGAGGAAGCUGGCCGAGGCGCCGGGGGUCUCCAUCCUGGACCAGGACCUGGAUUACCUGUCCGAAGGCCUCGAAGGCCGCUGCCAGAGUCCCGUGGCUCUGCUCUUUGAUGCCCUCCUGCGCCCAGACACAGACUUCGGGGGCAACGUGGACUCGGUCCUCACCUGGAAGCACCAGAAGGAGAGAGCCAUUCCCCACGUGGUCCUGGGCCGCAACCUCCCCGGUGGGGCGUGGCAUUCCAUCGAAGGCUCCAUGGUGACCCUGAGCCAAGGCCAAUGGAUGGGGCUUCCCGACCUGCAGGUCAAGGACUGGAUGCAGAGGAAGCGCAGAGGCCUUCGCAACAGCCGAGCGACAGCCGGGGACAUCGCCCACUACUACAGGGACUACGUGACCAAGAAGGGGCUGAGCCACAACUUUGUGUCUGGUGCUGUGGUCACAGCUGUGGAGUGGGGGGGCCCUGAGCCCAGCCCCCUCUUCCAGGUCAGCGGCUUCCUGACCACCAAGGACCAGGGUCAGCAGCCCUUCUCGCUGUGGGCCCGCAACGUGGUCCUGGCCACAGGCACGUUCGACAGCCCGGCCAGGCUAGGCAUCCCCGGAGAGGCCCUGCCUUUCGUCCAUCACGAGCUGUCGGCCCUGGAGGCGGCCACGCGGAUGGGUGCCGUAAGCCCGGCCUCAGACCCGGUCCUCAUCGUGGGCGCUGGGCUGUCCGCGGCCGACGCGGUCCUCUACGCCCGCCACUACAACAUCCCGGUGAUCCAUGCCUUCCGCCGGCCAGUGGACGACCCCGGACUGGUGUUCAACCAGCUGCCCAAGAUGCUGUACCCCGAGUACCACAAGGUGCAGCAGAUGAUGCGCGAGCAGUCGGUGCUCUCACCCGGCCCCUACCAGGGCUACCGCAGCCUCCCCGAGCACCAGCCCCUGCUCUUCAAGGAGGACGGCCAGGCUGUGUUCCGGGACCCGCAGGGCGGCCAGCAGGUCUUCGGAGUCUCCCUGGUGCUGGUCCUCAUCGGCUCGCACCCUGACCUCUCCUUCCUCCCUGGGGCGGGCGCUGACCUGGCCGUGGAUCCCGAGCAGCCCCUGAGCGCCAAGAGGAACCCCAUCGAUGUGGACCCCUUCACCUACCAGAGCACCCACCAGGAGGGCCUGUACGCAGUGGGGCCGCUGGCCGGUGACAACUUUGUGCGGUUUGUGCAGGGCGGAGCCCUGGCGGUGGCCAGCUCCCUGCUAAGGAAGGAGAUAAGGAAACCACCCUAGCGUCCACCUGGUGACCUUGCACCCAGGCCCCGAGGAGGAGGGAGAUCACCACAGCCCUGCCAGCAGCAGGGCCCACUGAAGAUGUGCACGGAGGGUCUCUCCUGGCAGGAGACGGAGGAGCCGUGAGACCGCUCUCAGGGGUCAGGAGGAGUGGGGAAAACUCGCACACUGCCCCACACUCAGACCAAGGCCCAAGGCCAAGGCCCAAGUGUGGGCGGCGCAGGGGUGCUGGGAGCAGUGGCUGUGGGCCAGGCUGGGCCUGGGUCUGGGCCCUGGGGGAGGCUGCCAGUGUGAGCGGGGAUCACCAGGGCCAGCUGAGCACCCAGCCAGGAAGAGUGCCCGUCCCACUCCUUCCAGAGUCAAGUCACAAAUAAAACCAGUGUCUGCCUCCACUCCCACACCCAAGGACUCCAUGCUUGGGGCGCGGGCCAGGACUGGGAGCUGGGGCCCCUAAAAGGGGCCUAAGGCUGGGGGUCAGCUGCGGCAGCUGAGCAGAGAGCUGUGCAGAAGUCCACAGACGGUGUGCACAGGAGGCGAGCCUGGGAGCAAAGGCCACGGCAGCCCCUGCUCACCCCUGCAACCUGGGCAGCCCUCCCUGUCUGUUCCAGUCAGUUCCUUUCAGCCACUCAUGCUCAUCUUGCUCCUGCCUACCUGCUACAGGGCCUUUGCACUGGCUGGUGUCCAGCCUGAGGCACUUUCCCUUACCUGUUUAACUCCUCCUCUAAA